CGGCCACUAGUCCAUAUCCCCUACCGCCUACCGCACGUCACUUGACCAGCCAGCCGCCCCACUCCACCCUCCACUGCGGCACGCGCUCCCGGCGAUGUCGUGGCUCGCGCGCUCCAUUGCGGCCACCCUCUCCUCCGCCCCCGACGACGACGACGAAGACGACCACUCCGAGGCAGCCUCCGGCGACGAAACCCCGGAUCACGCCGCCAACGCCGACGCCGAGGAGGACGAGCAGCCGGACACCCCCGGCCGCGGGGUCAAGGGCGACAUCUCCGAGCUGACCGAGUCCCUCACCCGACGCUUCUGGGGCGUCGCCUCCUUCCUCGCGCCACCGCCGUCCGCCGGGGCCGAGGCCGCCGAGACGUCGACGGCGGCGGCUGAGGCGGAGGCGGAGGCGGAGGGAGAGCAUGGGCCCCAGUCCCCGCGGGUCGCCGGGAUCCGGAACGACCUGGCUGAGAUCGGGGGCAGGGUGAGGAGCGGCAUCUCGAUGCUGUCCAACGCCAACGCCGUGGCGGAGAUCUCCAAGAUCGCCUCGUCCUUCCUGCCUUUCGUGCCGGAGGAAGAGGAGGAGGAUGUGGAUGCGGUGGACCUGACGGAGGAAGUGGUGGUGUUCGUCAGGCACAUCUCGACCUCUCCCGAGACGUGGCUCGAUUUCCCCCUCUUCGUCAACGACCGGCACGCCGAUGAUUUUGAACUGUCAGAUACACAAUGUGAACAUGCAUUGGCUAUAGAGCGUAUAGUACCAAGCUUAUCAUAUCUCAGAACCGAACUUUGUUCGACCAAUAUGAGUGAAGCAUGCUUUUGGAAGAUCUAUUUUGUGCUUCUUCACUCAAAGCUCAACAAGGAAGAUGCUGAACUUCUUUCAACGACACAAAUCCUGGAAGCAAGAGAAGAGUUAUUGCAAAGCUCCCCAAGGAUGAAAAAUGUAGCGUCUGAGGGUCCUGGGGGCCCAUCAGAAAGCAGCAAUGUUCUAUCUACCCAAGCUGAAGAUAGAGAGUUGUCACCCUCAAGCAUCCAAGACAAGAGUGGAAUGGCUGAAGCAACAUCUUUCCAAGAACCAACUCCUGAUUCUCUGCCAGGGGCUGAGGCUGACAAGCAUCCCAUUUCAACCAGCGAGCCGGAAAUUAUUGACAAGUCUGUAAUUGAAGAAGAGCUGGUGGUGAAAACUGAAAUCAAGAAUCAGGGUGACAAACCCAACCUGUACACCCCGGAGGACGACGACGACAAAGAAGUGGAGGAUUGGCUAGAGGACAUGGACCAUGCCGACAACAAAACAGGCAAUAUCACCUCGGUUGGGCAGGACGAAGACGUGUCAUUCAGCGACCUGGAGGAUGACGAUGAUGAUUAAGGGUUGCCUGGUGGUAAAUACCAAGCCCAGUGCCUGAUACAUAUGCUCUGCGGCUUCAAGACAUACGGUCGCUGUUAAACGAAGGAUCGUGUCUCAGUAGCUACUACAAAGCGAACAACGCGGAAGCAGAAUCACGACAAGUUGAUAAGCGUGUGUCUCCGGGGUUUUGCUUUCUUGAUUCGAGUUGAACGUUUACUUGUGUGCCGUCAUGGUCUGUACAUAGAAACAGUAGCCGCACGUCACUUGUAAGCUGUGUUGAUGCAAGAUUCUGAAUGUAGAUGCUAAAAACAUGUUCAUUUUUCUAGUGAACGCAAAAUACGAUACGGACUAAAGCUGUCAGAUAUCGUGUAACUGGUCAAGUUCAAGUAAACUCGUUUUGUUUCCGUAUUCUA